GUUCGCAUGGGGAGAACACGUGAGGACCCGGCACCAGGGCCACGAUGAGCGCGGUGCGCCCCAGUCCGCUGAACGGCAGCCGCCUGCGUGAGGCUGUCCGCCAAGGUGCCGUCCUGAGUCCGCCUCUGACGCCCGUUUUCGCCGACAUCGGCGCCGCGCCUCGCAGGGGUGGAGUCAGCCCCAGAGCCGGGGUGGGCCGCCGGUUCGCCUCGGACACGUGUCUGGCCGUGCUGCCGAACCGCGCGCCCGUGUACAGGCACCCGCUGAGCGCCGCGCCACCGCAGCCGCUGAUCUCACCGCAGCAGCAGGCGCGUCGUCAGCAGCAGCAGCAGCAGCAGCAGCAGCAACAGCAGCAGCAGCAGCAGCAACAGCAGCAGCCGCGUGGAACUAGACGCAGGCUGUUUGACGUCAGAGACAGCGGUCAAGAGCUGGAACUGGCAGCCAACGCGUCCAAGAUGAACUCCACGGAGGCGGAGAAGAACCUGUGGAAGCCGCACGUCGGUGUUAGCGAGGCCGCGGAGAAAUGUUUCCCGAAGAGCAACAGCACCACGACGUGUGGUAUAGAAAACGUGCGGGCGUACAGUAGUAAAGGUAUUGACUUCUUCUGCCGCGUGCAGAACCUCGAGCAAAAGAGUCUCCUCGAAUGCAACGCCGACUACAAGCCGGACGCGCGCAACAAGCUGCUGGGCUCGCCCACCAGCCAGCGGAGUCAAGACUCUGGCUUCUCCGACUCGGGCGAGUCCAACUAUGACUCCCAGAGCGACGACCACAAGCGUGAGCGGCGCGUUCGCUUCGAGAAGCGGUCGUUCGCGCGGACUCUCUCCAAGAUUAUGCGCGGCGCCAGCGCGUCGGGUCGCGCGGCGAAGUGCGCGAGCGCGACCCCCCUGGCGACGCCCGCCGGCCCGCCGGCGAGCCAGGAGUCCUCGACGCUCCCCCGACCGCGGCCGCGGGCCGGCCACACGCCCAAAUCGUCGCGCUUCUCGCACUCCAGCCUGCAGGUGGUGGAGGAGUACAAGCGGCUGGGCGCCGUCUCCGCCAGUUGCCAGGACCUGGCGCUGGCUGGCCGCGCCGGCCCGCUCACCUCCAGCCCCGUGCGCGCCGACCACGUGCUCGAGUGCUCGGCCAUCGAGCGCGAGCUGGACUCGAUCCUCGAGCGCGCCGAGCUACCCGACACGCAGCACGUGACCGUCCGGCCACGGCCCUCGCUCAACGACACCACCAUCGACUUUUCGCCGCGCCUGCAGGCGGCAGCCGACCUGCAGGCGCGCCGCUUCUGCAGUCUGCCCCGCGAGCAGGCGGCCCGGCCCGACCCCACCAUCCGGAUCGACGACGUCAGGUCCCCGUCAGUGCGCCACUGGCUGCAGGAGCAGUGCUGGGAGGUGGACGUCGAAUGCAUGAACACGCUGCAGAGCAAGUCGGUCAUCUCGGACAUGUCGCACCUGCUCGCGCUGGCCGCGAGGAACGCGCGAACCAACAUCCGGGACAUUCAGGUCCGCGCCAAAACCGUCAGCCGGGACUUCGCCUCGCUCUUCUCUCGAAUGGAGGAGCUGGACAUCAAGGAGGUCCCUCGGAUAGCGCAGACGGUCACCGAGGCGAUCCAAAGCUUCGUGCGAGAGUACGUGAUCUCGCAUCCGGACGGUCAGGCCUCGCACGUGCAGAACCUCGACAAACUGCGCUCCCUGAUGGAGAAGAUGCUGGAGUACGUCAAGUCCUGCGGCCAGAUGAACCGCACGUUCAAGGUCGACGAUCUGGUGGAAGUGCUGGCCUCGCUAGCGCAGGCCUUCAACCACCUGGUCGAUCUCAUUCUCGGCGAAGAAGUUAAGGUGAUGCUGAGCUCGCUGUCGCCGGAGCGCGACGUGCUCUGCCUGAAGCUGGGCCUGCGCUCGCUGACCUCUGUCGGCCUGGACGGCGGCCGGCUGUGUCGCGUGCUGUGUGCGCACGGCGCCGUCUCGCGGCUGGUGGCGCUCGUCUCCGGCCGCCGCCGCCAGCUGCGGCCGCAGGCGCUGCGCGCGCUCGCCACCGUCUGCUGCGUCUCGCAGGGCAUCAAGGCCUUCGAGAAGGCGGACGGUCUCCGGCUGGUGACCGGGAUUCUGGCGGACCCCCGCUCCACCGAGGAGGAGCGCUCCGAGUGCGCCGGCGUCAUCGCGCAGGUCACCUCGCCCUGGGUGGACAGCAUCCACCACGUGCGCGGCAUCAGCGACCACGUGGAGGACAUCAUACGCGAGCUGACUGGUCUGGCGGCGACCACCGACUCUGUGGAGACGCUGCUGCUGGCCUCGGCGGCGCUGGCCAACCUGACGUUCCUCAACAUCGGCGCCGUCCGCCUCCUGCUGCACAACGGCGCCGCCAAGGUGUUGGUGCACGCCACGCGCAACGCCGACAACUGCUCCCUCUUCCUCAAGGAUCAGGUGGCCACGAUCCUGGCCAACAUGGCGUCCAUCACGGAGUGCCAUGACGAGGUGCUGCGGAGUGGCGGGCUGCCGGCGCUGCUCUCCUUCCUCGGCGAGCACCCGCCAGCCGGCGACGCGGCCGAACCAAAUCGAAGAGAAAUUGGUAGAACACUAAAGCUGAAACGUGUGAUCGAAGGCGUUUUCAUCGCGACGCUGCGCAAGAUGGCGUCCGCGUGCGGUCUAGAGGUGUUCGAAAAUGGCAACGGCCUGGACCUGGUGGAGCCGCGACUUCUCGAGUCGUUCCUGCUCUGCUCUUCCAAGCAAGAGAGCUACGUAUAG